UUACAUAUUAUAUUACACAUUUUAUAUGAUAAACAGCUCUGACGUGCUGACGACACAUCUAUGACGCCACACUCCAUCCGGGUCCUCCGUGCCUGGGCCAUGACGUCACGGGGUCCAGGAAUGGCGGCGCUGUCUGCAGAGGGAAGCAGCCCGAAGAACCCGAAACUUUAUUCGUAAUAUCACUCAGCGGCUACGCGAACUCCACCACUCCAUCGGCGGCCAAAACCGCCGCUUUUAAAGCCAGAGCAACGGCGGAACUCAGUCUCGACGCUGUUACUACUGAAUUACGACGUCCCGGUCUAUAUUAGUUUGCUUGACUUUGCGAGGGCCGAAAGACAAGAGCAAAGACAGCCAGUAACGGUACAUAAAACAGCCACAACCGCCCCAAACUGCCCUCUUUUGAGUCUGUCCCUUUCAUUGAAGGUGUUUUUGAAGUUUCUUGUCUUGCACAUACGCUGAAAGGCACGACACUGGCCCAAUAAGGUGAAGUCACCAGCUGCGGGUUUGAUGCCACGAUGGAGAGUUUAACGCUGAGCGAUGUCGAGCAGAAAUAUUACUCGGAACUCUUCCUCUCCUGUGAUGUGGACAACGCCAAGAAAGUGGCUUCCAAUGGCAAAGUUCUGGACCUGUUCCGGUCGGCCCAGCUCUCGAAUGAGCUGGUCCAUCAGAUCACUGAACUCUGCGGUGCCACACGUCUCGGUCAUUUCGGUCGGAGUCAGUUCUACAUUGCACUAAAGCUCAUUGCACUGGCCCAGUCUGGACUGCCUCUGCGCUUGGAGAGCCUGAACAGUGUCAGGGAUCUGCCCCUCCCUCGUUUUGUGAUGAGCAAGAAUGAGCAGGAAGCGAGGCAUGCAGUCAUGUUCGCAGAUGCAGAGAACCAGGGGCCCUACUCUGGCGUCAUCCCCAGACCUCCAGGCAGAGUGCAAACCAAAAAAGUGUCAGCCCAUGAGAUGAUUCAGCCCUGUGUGGCCACCGUCGACCCCCAGCCGGACACCACGUCUCCAGUCGUGUCCCCACACCAGUCCCCUCCCACCUCGCCCCAUUCCUGGAGAAAGCACAAACGGCAGGCCAGCGGUGGAAACGUGGACAGACAGCACUCAGUGCCAGGAGUUGUUUGGCCACCUUUUAGAGAAGCACAGCCAGGACCAGUAACAGGUGAUGGGAUGUGGUCCGCCCAAUCGCCCCCUCCUGUACAGGAAAGUUGGGUCAGCUUUACAGACACGCCCCCCUCCAGCACACUUCCAAUGCAUCCCUCCUCAGCUCAGCCGGAGAGCACAACAGUACGAACGGUGCCGUCUGCAAUGACCACAAAUGAAAUCCAAAGACAGACCAGCGGUUAUGAUGACCCCUGGAAGAUCACAGAUGAGCAAAGACAGUAUUACAUAAACCAGUUUAAGACCAUUCAGGCUGAUCUCACUGGUUUUAUCCCUGGCUCUGCCGCGAAGGAAUUCUUUACAAAGUCGAAACUGCCUAUUCUAGAACUGUCUCACAUUUGGGAGCUAUCGGAUUUUGAUAAAGAUGGUGCACUAACGUUGGAUGAGUUCUGUGCUGCAUUUCAUCUUGUGGUUGCAAGAAAAAACGGUUAUGACCUUCCUGAAAAGCUCCCCGAGAGCCUAAUGCCAAAGCUUAUUGACUUGGAUGACUCAGCAGGAGUCUCAGAACCUGCCCCUGAGGUGGGCUUCUCUGCUUCCCCUGUAGAGGUCACUCCAAAUAAGUCUCCCUCCAUGCCUUCCCUCAACCAGAACUGGCCUGAGCUCAACCAGAGUAAUGAGCAGUGGGAGACUUUUAGUGAACGCUCCUCAAGCUCACAAACUCUGACCCAAUUUGAUUCUAACAUUGCACCAGCUGACCCUGAUACAGCAAUAGUCCACCCUGUGCCCAUUCGCAUGACCCCCAGCAAGAUCCACAUGCAAGAGAUGGAGCUCAAGAGAACUGGAAGUGAGCACACACAUCCAACUAGUCCACUAAUGGCUAAACCUCCAGAGCUAACGGAUGAAGCUAAGCUAGCAACAGCAAUUAAGUUUCCUGGUACUACUGUCGGAGAUGGCUAUAGCAGCUCAGAUUCAUUUACAUCGGAUCAAGAACCCAUUUCCAGUGCUGUGAACAGGCAAAGGUCUCAUUCUGGGACAUCUUCGGAGGGACUGAAAGUUGUGGCUCCGCCCCCACCUCCACCCCGCCCCCACGCUUCCCAUUCACGUUCCUCAUCUCUAGACAUGAACAGAACAUUUGCUGCUGUUCCUGCAGCAGGUUCUCAGCAGGCAGGUGCAGUGGCCUUUCCUCCAGCAGUACCUCCAAGACCACUGCCUACACAGACAUCAGUGCCACUAGGUCACCGUUCGGUAGAGGGAGACGGUCUUCCAACACAUACCAGCACAUCACCUCAGCAAAUGCCAGAACAGCCUAACUUUGCUGACUUCAGCCAGUUUCAGGCUUUUGCUGUGGACCAGCCGGCAGAUGAUGCAGAGAAACUAUCUGACUGUGGACAGGCAGAAAGAUGUGCAGAAGCUGCUGGGACGAUUAGAACAGUGAAGAACAAUGUUCAGGAAGAGGAAAGAAAUGCAGCCACUGUCAACUCUGCCAAAGUAUCCACUCCAUUGGCCCCGCCUCCCAAACCCGUCCGUCGAAGACUGAAAUCAGAAGAUGAGCUCAGACCAGAUAUAGAGGACCCUCCGCAAAAGUCCAACGUCAUAGCCACUGUUCUAGCAACACAGCCUUCAAUUCCACGCUCUAUUGGUAAGGAUAAGAAGGCCAUUCAAGCUUCCAUUAGAAGAAACAAAGAAACAAACACUGUUUUAGCCAGACUCAACAGUGAAUUACAACAGCAAUUAAAGGACCUGCUAGAAGAAAGAAUAUCACUUGAAGUGCAACUGGAACAGCUUAGACCUUUUUCGCAUUUGUAACCUGAGUUUGUGUGUGCACGCAUGCUUCAAAUGCGUGUAUGUAAAGAGUGAAUAACUCCUGUUUUUGUUUUUAUUUUUUUUUGUUUGAAUGGUCAGUUGGAUCCUCUGGUAGGAUGUCAAUUUCACCCCCUGUCUCUACUCCUCUGACCAUGUUAGAAGAGACAAAAUCACUGCUUCCUCCAGAGCACUCGGUCUCACACCACCAGAGGCCCCAAGAAUGGGACGUUCAGAGGUACGGGUGCCCAGAGCAGUAUCUCUUAUGGCACUUUGAUGCAACAGAGUCUGAGUGAUUGUAUAUGUAGUACCCCCUAACCGGACAGGUUAUAGUAGUAUAGACUCUGAGGCUAGGGCCUGGUAUCAGGGUACAGGAGGCUGUAUUCUGGUUAACAUGAAAGACCUGAAGGACUCCCUUUCCCUCCUGUUCCUAGUUGUGAAUAUCCAGAGAAAUCAAUGCAGCUUGUCACGUUCUUCCAUGUUGAAGGCACCCAUGUGUGCUCGGACAAUCAAGUGAGGCUGUGCACUGGCCGAGAGGGGAGAAAUUAUAUUUGGGAGAUCAUUCUCUUUUUUCAGAAGUACGCUUAAAGGGAUAUUUCACCCAAAAAUGAAAAUUCUGUCAUUAUUUACUUUCGUGGAACACAAAGAUAUUGUGAACGUUUGUAUUGGUCACUCUUUUCCAUGCAGUUACAGUGAAUGGGGACUGAGGAUUUCAAGAUUCAAAAGUAUCAUAAAAUUGGUCGAUAUGCUAUAUUUGAUUUUUGCACUAUAUUCCAAGUCUUCUGAAGCCAUACAGUAGCUUUGUGGCAGUAACCGAGUGAAAUUUACAUAAUUAUUCACUGAUAAUCUUUCCCUCCUGUGAGCUGUUAACCACUGCGACAGCUGAACUCUUAAACAGGAUAAGUGAUUAAUUUUUUUAACUGAACUGAUUAAUUGAAAAGAUCAGACUCCAAAGAGUGCAAUGUAAUGACUUCAGCUCGUUCCUUGCAUAAAGCUAUAGUAUGGCUUCAGAAGACUUGGACUAUAGCACAAGUCUUGUGGACUACUUUUAUGAUAUGUUUAUGGUGCUUUUUUGUCAUUUUGGAGCUUAACAGCCCCAGUCCUCAUUCAUUUUGAAUAAAUUGGAAAAGAGUGGCCAGGAUAUUCUUCAAAAUUCACCCUUUGUGUUCCAUGGAAGAAAGUAAGUGAUAUGUGUUUGGAAUGACACGAGGGUGAAUAAGGGAUGACAGAAUUUUCAUUUGUGUGUAAGCUAUUGCUUUAAGACUGAUUCAGAAAGGCUCUCUUUCGUAAAAUUUCCUGGACGGCACAUCUAUGUGUGUUGUUUUAUGUGUGAGAGAGAGUUUGAGGAUAACAGUUACAAAUGUAUUGCAUCAAAGACUGCUUUAUUUUCGUCUCAUAACACGCUCUGUGGUAUAACAAUUCGUUCAACAUUGUACAGUCUUUGUACGGUAUGACAAAUACACUUUUUGUUUUCCCACUCUCCAUCUUAAAUUUUGUUUGUACCUUACACGGUACAUCAUCAGAUUCAAUCCUCUGUGAUGUGAACAGUACAAAAGGUGAGACCUGAAACAAUGACUGCACUUUGCCCCUUUUGAUUUCAUUUGUCUUUCCUCAUCACUAUUUUUUGCAUGUUGUUCACAAUCUUAUUUUGUAUAAAACAGCUCUUAACGAACCACUCGAUUUUGUAACGUCUGAACUAGUGUGACGUUUGUGUUAUGUAGAUUUACGCCAUGUUUCAUUCAUUCAUUUGUUUUGACUGAUGUGUGCUUUCUUUUACUAGUCCUCAAAGCCUUACUUUCAGGUGUGCAGGUUUUCACAGUAAUGUAUCCCGCCCAUGUUAAAUCGAGGUGAGCCUUCUCUCCCUGCUGUUCGAGCUGAUUUACUGUAUCAGGGGUAUGUUGUAUAUUGUAUUAUACACACCUUUUGAUCUCAUAUGUAAAUUUGCAUUAAUUGCUGACUAACAGCAAGUAUUCUAUUUAAUUGCUUAAAUAAUGGCAGUGGGAUCAUAAAUGUUUAACUGCAUGGAUGUGUCUCUGCAGAAUGAACUAGCAGCUGUGUGAUUUUUACACAAAAUAAAACGGCACAAUAUUUUAA